AUGCCCAUCGCCAUCGCCCCUCACGGUGGAGUCCUCAAGGACCUCAUCGCUAGAGAUGCAUCUAUUUCUGAACGACUGAACGAAGAAGCUCGUCAUCUAGCUGAUAUCUUCUUGACCGAGCGGCAAUUAUGCGACCUCGAAUUGAUCCUCAACGGAGGGUUCUCCCCGCUCGAGGGGUUCAUGUCGGAAGCCGAUUACCUGAGUGUGAGGGACACACUUAGACUCGCAAGAUUCAAUGGACAACGACAGGGAAGAGUUUUCCCGAUCCCCAUCACGCUGGACGUCUCGGCUCAGGAUAUUCAAGUCCUAGGCUUGGCACAAGGUGUCAGGGUAGCUCUCAGAGAUCCAAGAGACGAGUCAGCACUUGCCAUCUUGACGGUUGGCGACAUUUACCGCCCUGACAAACACAUCGAAGCUGAACAAGUCUUUGGUGCCGAUGACCUUGCACACCCUGCAGUUAAAUACCUGCACCACACGACCAAAGAAUACUACGUCGGUGGUAAUGUCCAAGCUAUCAAGCUUCCUACCCAUUACGACUACGUCGCAAUCCGAUACACGCCGACUGAGCUCCGAGCAUUCUUCAACAAGCUCUCGUGGCGAAAGAUUACCGCUUUCCAGACGCGAAACCCGAUGCAUCGCGCUCAUCGAGAGCUCACGGUUCGAGCCGCUCGUCAACAGAAAUCCAACAUUCUCAUCCAUCCCGUCGUCGGGCUUACCAAGCCUGGCGAUGUCGAUCACUAUACUCGUGUGAGAGCUUAUCAGGCGGUGAUGUCGAGCUAUCCGGAUGGAUUGGCACAUUUGGCUCUGCUUCCUCUUGCAAUGCGAAUGGCUGGGCCCCGCGAGGCAGUGUGGCACGCUAUCAUCCGAAAAAACUAUGGUGCCACCCACUUUAUUGUCGGUAGAGACCAUGCUGGGCCUGGUAAAAACUCUCAAGGCAAAGACUUUUACGGACCCUAUGAUGCACAGGAACUCGUCGCUCAAUAUCGUGAAGAGAUUGGCAUCGAAAUGGUCCCUUUCCAAGCCAUGACCUAUCUCCCAGAUUCUGACGAAUACCAACCCGUUGGAGAUGUUCCCAAGGGUACUAAAACCGCCGAUAUCUCUGGAACAGAGCUCAGAAAGAGGUUACGCACUGGAGCUCCUAUCCCCGAUUGGUUCUCUUACACUGGAGUCGUCAAGGUGCUCCGGGAAUCAUACCCACCAAGACCGAAACAAGGAUUCACUAUCCUACUCACUGGCUUGCACAACUCUGGUAAAGAUACCAUCGCUCGAGCUCUCCAGGUCACGCUUCAACAGAACGGAUCCAGAUCCGUCUCCUUGUUCCUUGGCGAGGAUAUCCGUCAUACGCCGACGACAGACCUCGCUUUGUCACCCGAAGACAAGCAUUUGAACCUUUUGCGACUUGGAAUCGUAGCCAACGAGUUGACAAAAGCAGGAGCCGCAGUCAUUGCCGCCCCGACAGCACCACAUGAUGUCUCUCGUAAAGCCAUUCGGGACCAAGUCCAAGGAAGCGGUGGCAACUUUUUCCUCGUUCACGUCGCGACACCUUUGGAAUGGUGCGAAAAGGUCGACAGGAGGGGAUUGUACAAGCGCGCAAGAGUUGGAGAGAUCAAGGGUUUGACCGGUGUUGGAGACGUGUAUGAGGCACCUACCGAUGCCGAUUACACUUGCGACCUCAGGACGGACAGUAUUCCGGAGAUUGUUCACUCUAUCUUGAUGAUCCUGGAGUCCCAAAGCCUCGUGUAG